AUGGGGUCAAUAGAAGAGGGUAAGGCUCCUAUUAGACCAAGCCCAACCCCAGCCCCAGCUAGGCCUUUGCCAUUGAGACUUGUUCAAGUUAUCUUGAUGUGUUUUGUCGUGGGGCUUGGAAUUUCGAUCAUUAGUAUGCAUGCUAUGAAAUUUUUGUCAAUGAAAUAUAUUGCUCCUAUAGCUCCCUCCAUUAUUCAGGCUUGUUUUCAAGAUGCACUUAGUAUAGAAUCCUUGGUUAGGCCUCCAGCAGAAUUGUCACAUUCAAUGAAUGACACAGAGUUGUUAUGGAGGGCUUCAUUUGAUCCUAGAAUGAAGGAAUAUCCAUUCAAAAGAGUUCCCAAGGUUGCCUUCAUGUUCUUGACAAAGGGGCCAUUGCCCCUGGCACCUUUCUGGGAAAAGUUCUUCGAGGGCGGCCCUUCGGAGCAUUAUUCCAUCUAUGUUCAUUCACAUCCAGCUUAUGUUGCCAAUUUUACACCUUCUUCUGUGUUUUACAAGAGACAAAUCCCAAGUCAGCCAGCUGAAUGGGGAAUGAUGAGUAUGUGUGAAGCCGAGAGAAGACUCCUAGGGAAUGCAUUGCUUGAUUUUUCGAAUGAAUGGUUUGUUCUUCUGUCUGAGGCAUGCAUUCCUCUCCAGAAUUUCACCGUUGUUUAUUACUACUUAUCAAGAUCCAAUUAUAGUUUUAUGAGUUCAUAUGAUGAUCCUGGACCCUAUGGAAGAGGGCGGUAUGAUGGGAACAUGGCACCUGUGGUCACACUCAAUCAGUGGCGAAAAGGGUCUCAGUGGUUUGAAGUCAAUCGGAUGCUGGCAAUCAACAUUGUUGGAGACAUCACCUACUAUCCUAAGUUCAGAGAUUUCUGCGUUCCAGGAUGUUAUGUUGAUGAACACUACUUCCCUACAAUGCUGACCAUUCAAACACCACAUCUUCUGGCUAACCGGACCCUUACCUGGACAGAUUGGUCGAGAGGCGGUGCUCACCCUGCUACGUUUGGGAAACAAGACAUAACUGAGGAAUUUUUGAAGAAGAUUCUUGAAAGUGAAACUUGCACUUACAAUGACCAGCAAGUCUCACUUUGUUUCCUUUUUGCAAGAAAGUUUGCUCCUAGUGCUCUGGAACCUCUAUUAGAUUUGGCACCCAAAGUUUUAGGAUUUUGAUCAACGCUUGGUCACUGAGAUGCACAACUGGGGAAGAGUUUCGGACAAUGAUAGUUUAGUCACGCGCUAUCCCAGUCUACAUUAGGAGGUAUUUCAUGACUUUGUGCCUUGAGUUUACAGGUUAUUUAACCAUUAAUCUUCAAAGAAUUUUGAUAGUACAGACAAUUAGAUUCUACAUUAAGCUUCUUAGAAAAGCUCCUUAAACAAUAAUAUGCUAUGUUAUCUGCUAUCAGCCCAUCAAAUGUAAUGUUACUGUAACAUACAUUAAAAGAAAUAUUCAAUCUCCAAUUUGGCAA